UAGUAAAAUGUUUUGUCACAUAGACGUGAACUCUGGUCUGUUUCAGGCGUCAGAAAAGGAAACUACGGAAUGUCGCCAUUGUACAUCGGUUUUGCUAUGACCUUCUCAGUCAUGGUUAUUGUAAAUUUUAUUGGGAACUCCCUAGUAAUCUCGGUGGUUUUGCUGAACAAGUCCAUGAAGACGCCUAUCAAUUAUCUCCUAAUGAAUUUAGCCGUGGCUGAUAUGACUGUGGCGUUAUUCUCCAGUGUGCAGUUGAUCAUUUCACCGGCCAUAUCACACCCACCCCUUGGGAUGAUAGGCGCAAUAGCUUCCAUAUUCUCCUUAAUAGCUCUUGCUUUUGAACGCUACUGCGCUGUCCUGCAUCCUCGCAGUAUACGACUUAAACUCACCAAGAGGAAAAUCCUGCUUUUGAUCAUCUUGUGCUGGUUUUUCUCUGUUGUCUUUACUAUUCCAGGCUUUUGGUGGAUGGUCUUCUUUCCAGGUACAAAUACUUGCGGUCACAAGUGGACGAAACAAGUGUACGCGGAGGUUUACACGAUAGGUUGGACGAUUCUUGCUGGUUUGAUUCCCAUCAGCGCUAUGGCAGGGUUGUACUCAAGAGUGGUCUACCGUUUGUGGUUCACAAAAGAUACAACUACAGAAGCAUCCCAGAGGGCCUUACUUCGUUGUAGAAAGAGAGCUACAAAAAUGGUUAUUGCAGUGACGUUCAUAUAUGUUCUAUGCUGGGUUCCUGAGCUUUCAAUCUAUUUUCUGGGAUUUACUGGGCUUAUGAAACUAACAUAUCUUCAUCACGGUAUUGCGUUGAGUUUGAUCGUUUUCAAUUCAAGUAUCAAUCCCGUGAUAUACAGCCUCCAGAGCAGCACUUUCAGACGCCAUGUAUCUGACCUUAUUCGUUGCAAACAAACCAAAAAUCGCAUUUUCCCAGGCGGCAACAGUACAUCACAAACGCUAAUGUUCCCCUGUUUUCCAGGAACUCCAAAGAUGGGGGACGCUCUUUUCUUUGGACUAACGCUUACUUACUCAAUUCUGAUUGCUAUCAAUCUUAUCGGUAACGCUAUGGUCAUUCUCGUUGUUCUCCUGAACAAGUCCAUGCAAAGGCCAAUCAACUACUUGCUUGUAAACUUGGCUGCUUCGGAUAUGACUGUGGCGAUUUUUGCCAGCAUCCAAUUUCUCAUGGAGCCAACACUUGCUGAUGCUGAGCCAUUGACAGCAAUAUUUCUUUGCAAGUUUUUAACAGGUGGAACCUUGGGUUGGGUUGGUGCAGUAUGUUCUAUCUUCAAUUUAGUUGGCCUCGCCAUUGAGCGCUACUACGCUGUCAUUGUCUCUCACCGUCAUCGAGGCAAGCUUACAAGUGGCAGGUUAAGGGUGUUCAUUUUUGUCAGUUGGACGCUAGCUCUCAUUUGGGCUGGUCCUGGUUUCUUCAUAACUACUUAUAUAAAAGAAUCCCAAAUGUGUGGACAUCAGUGGCCAAAAGAGAUUUACGCUAAGAUGUACACAGUCGGAUGGUCGUUUGUAGCCGGUAUAAUACCUAUAGGAAUAAUGGGAUCAUUAUAUUAUAAAAUAAUAUACCGUCUUUGGUUCACUAAAGAAAAGGCCACGGAAGCUACUCAGAAGGCAAUGCUGCGGUAUAGAAAACGAGUUACAAAAAUGGUUAUAGCCGUAACAAUCAUUUAUGUACUCUGCUGGGGACCUGAACUUAUCAUUUACUUUCUUGGAUUUCUUGGUGUAUUUACAUUACAGGCCAUUCAUCAUGGAGUUGCCUUCGCUCUUAUUGUGUUUAACUCUUGUGUUAACCCUAUUGUCUAUAGUUUUCAAAGCAGUCAGUUCAGAACACAUCUCUUGUCUUUGAUUCGCUUUAGAAGACGUGAUAAUCGAGUGGUACAUCCAAUCAAUAGAUCCCACGGCUUUGCACUUAACUAAUCUUACCUACAUUCUCAAUUCUAAAAGUUUAUAUUUAAAACAUCGUUACUGUCACAAUCAUUUUAAAAACCACAGGAAC